GCUUUUAUAAAGACGACGCGCGUGUCCUGGGAAGACUCGGCUCUCUUUCCCCCCCGCCGGGCCUCGUGCGUUAUCUUUAGCAGACCUUGGAGCUGCAGCUGAGGCGUUUUUGAAGACGUCGUCAAUGCCGGCGCUCAGCCCAGCUGUUCAUGAAUUCAUACUUUUGUUCACAGGGAGCUCGGAGAGUAAAAAGUGUGCGUGCUGUGUGUUGACUGGCUUGUCCGGGUACAGAAGAAGCUUUGAGCGUGCGUGCCUCUGUGCAUUGUACAUUCUCUGAGUCCGAGUGUAUGAACACUGUCGUGUGUGUGUGUGAGAGAGAAAAGAGUGGGUUGUGAGUGGAGCAUAUAUAUAUAUAUAUAUAAUCUCUUCCGCAGCCUUAUCUUUUAUCUGUGUGCUUCCCUUCCUACUUCCUUGCUCCUUGUUUCGUUCCCUUUUAGUUAUUUUUCUUUUAGUUUUAUGCUCCCUUUUCUCGGCUUCAGUGUAUAAUUGACUGAACAUUCCCCUCCUUUUGGUGUUGUUUUUAUUAUCAAUUGUUCAUCAUUCAUUCAGUGUGACUGUGUUUUUAGUUUGUCAACCUGAUGACUUAAAGUAAACCUUAAAUCAUGUUGAAUGUGCUUUGGUCAGAUGGACGAGUGGUAAACCCCGCCCCCUGGAGAUGCUGUGAACCCAUGAGGCCUGGGACCAUGACUACUUUAGUUGCAUAUCGCCCCAGAAUAAAUUGUGAUAAACUUUAUUAUUGUCGUUCUUAUAACUAUUAAGGCACUAUAAUAAUGAUGCAAGAAGAUUCUUUCAAAGAGCAAUGCACUUUCAAUCUUUAAGAAUAUUCAGGCAUUGUAAUACAAACAUUUAAUAAUUAAUAUUAUUAAUUAUAUCUCAAUAUUGUAAAUAAAUGAAACGUAGCUCAAAUAAAAGCAAUAAAUACAAUUGUGCGCCGUUAAAUAAAUAAUUAAAUGCAUAUUAAACAUGUAGGUAUUAGACAGGCCUUACUGGGCAAUACACUGCCACUCUUUUUUGUAAAAAAAAGUGCAAAGUAAUAACAUAAUAUUGAAGCUGCCUGAGCCACCAGGAGGAACUCUGACUCAGGUGGUAGAGAAGCAGCGCAAAAACAGUUUAUGUGUUCCUUUUGGCACGAAAGAAAAGGUUUGGCUCUUCUGGCAGCGAGUUGAUCUUCUCAAGGUAACGGGUCAAACCGCGAACCGCUGAGUCGAUGACGGAAUGAUCCUGGCGAGCUUGAAUGGGUUCCUUGUUGGUGCUUCCAAACCGAUCUCACGUUCCCUCCAUGACCGAUGCGUUGUGUGUGCAACAGCGGCUCCGUUUACAUGCACUCAAUAAUACAACUCGGCAAUUAAGGUGUGUGUGUUUGCCUAAAGACUUUUCAGUGUUAGCCAAGGGGUCAAAAUCGCAUAAAUUAAUAAAAAUGUUAAUAUUAAGCUCCUCUAAAUUAGAUCAAUCACUAUCUUUGAAAGUUAAAACCAUGAGGUGUAAGUUACCCUCUGGACGGUGUUUCUUCAUUCAGCUGCAGUGGAGAGACUUCUGACCGAUAGCCGACCAUCGUUAACCGAUCAGUGCCUUGCUUGUAGGGUUGCUGUUGAAGUUUGGCUGCAACAAUAACCAAAUGCACGACUGUUGAAUCCAUAAUUUCUCACAGGACACGGCAACCGCGUCUGGAGGGUUGGCGGCCGCGGUGUGGCGUGCGUCGCGGUGGACGCAUGGCAGCCACUCUCCCCGAGGUCACCACAUUUCAAGAGAAGACAAAAGCCUUAUUUGGAAAUCUUAUGGACGAAGAAAUGAGUCGCCAGACUGCCACCGCGCUGCCCACAGGAACCUCCAAGUGCCCCCCCUCCCAGCGCGUGCCCACCCUGUCGGGCACCACCGCCUCCAACAGUGACCUGGCCAGUCUGUUCGAGUGCCCCGUCUGCUUCGACUAUGUCCUCCCCCCCAUCCUGCAGUGCCAGUCCGGGCACCUGGUGUGCUCCAACUGCCGGCCCAAGCUCACCUGCUGCCCCACCUGCCGAGGGCCCCUGGGCUCCAUCAGGAACCUCGCCAUGGAGAAGGUGGCCAACUCGGUCCUCUUCCCCUGCAAGUACGCCUCCUCGGGCUGCGAGGUCACGCUGCCCCACACCGACAAGACGGAGCACGAGGAGCUGUGCGAGUUCCGGCCGUACUCGUGCCCGUGCCCCGGCGCCUCCUGCAAGUGGCAGGGCUCCCUGGACGCCGUCAUGCCCCACCUGAUGCACCAGCACAAGUCCAUCACCACGCUGCAGGGGGAGGACAUCGUGUUCCUGGCCACGGACAUCAACCUGCCGGGCGCCGUGGACUGGGUGAUGAUGCAGUCGUGCUUCGGCUUCCACUUCAUGCUGGUCUUGGAGAAGCAGGAGAAGUACGACGGCCACCAGCAGUUCUUUGCCAUCGUGCAGCUCAUCGGGACCCGCAAGCAGGCCGAGAACUUUGCCUACCGGCUGGAGCUCAACGGGCACCGGCGCCGCCUCACCUGGGAGGCCACGCCGCGCUCCAUCCACGAGGGCAUCGCCACCGCCAUCAUGAACAGCGACUGCCUGGUGUUCGACACGUCCAUCGCACAGCUGUUUGCGGAGAACGGCAACCUGGGCAUCAACGUGACCAUCUCCAUGUGCUAGGAGCGCUCCACGGGAGGAGACGGGCAAACACGUUACGGAUUGUCAGGGGGCAUUUAUUCUCUCUUUUUUUUUUUUACAGGGGGGGGGGGGAGGGGUGUCAAAUCCGUUGUGACCUCACAGCGCCCCUACCCCCACCCCACCCCACCCCCCUCCUCUCUGCCUCACCCCUUGAGAUGUGGAACUGGACUGUCUGAUCGGGCAGCCGUGGAUGCCCAGGGGGUGGGAUGGAUGGAUGGAUAGAUGGAUGAGUGAGUGAGGAAUGGGUGAGUGAGGAAUGGGUGAACACAUGGACAGAAUUGUGUAGCGAUGGCUAAGGACUUCUGUACACAAACGUAUACAUUUGAGACUUGUGCACGCACCUGCGGUCAUGCCCUGUUUCUUGGUCAAUAGACACAAACCAACUGAAAGGCUGUUCAGGUCAAACGGGUCUCACGGGAUUUCCCCACCAGUUUACGGUUCCUCUCCGUCAUCCCCAGACGUCUCUGACGCCGCGGCUCGGCCCUGGCCGCUCCGCUCGGGGGGGGACCCUCGAGCUGCGUUCCAACACAGACGGUCAGUGUUCUCCUAACACCGUUUGUAACCCACCUCCGAACCCCUCAGACCUCCUGCUACUCCCGGGUUGACCGGCCGACGACGUGGCCGUGGUUCCACCGGGGUGGCUGUCUUCACGUGUGUGUGUGUGUGUGUGUGUGUGCUCGGACUGGAACCCAGAAGCUCCACGGCGUCGCCUCGUGACGGACAUGGAUACACAUCGAUGGCCGGGGACCAGAACCACCGCCCAGCAGACGGGCACAGCUGCGGCGCCCAGAACCCCGGACGCCCGGUCGCGUCCCGGGUCGCCAUCGGUAGACGGAACAUUCCGUGCGGGCUCAGCCGGUUCCCCGCCGGUCCGCAGCGGCCCACCCCGGGCUGACGGUUGAUCAGCGGACGCUCUUUAAUUAGUUGACUGUCGUCGUUGAUAGUUCUUAGAACAGAUUCUGCGCUCGCACCGGACGGAGUUCGGAACGCUCUCAUCUUCAGCAUCCCUGGAUUUUAUUUUGUUUGUUCUUUUCUUGGAGUCCCACACACACACACACACACACACCAUUCAUUACAGUUGGUGUGCAGGUGUCGUAGUGGAUUGAGUGUCAGAGCAUUGUUCACUGCGUAUUCGAUGGGGGGGGGCUUCUUCUUUUUUUCAGGACAAGGAAAAAACAAACACUGCAUUUCAGUCAAGUCGGAUUUCUUUCGGGUUUAUUUUAAUUUUUUAAGUGUUUAAUUUUAAUUAUUUUAUUUGUGUUUUUUUUUGUAUGAGUAGAGAACUCCUGAUGUGUGUGUGUGUGUGUGUGUGAGAUGGACAUGUCUCUCUCCGCUCGUCUUUCGUUUGUUCUCCGUCUGCCAGCCUCGACCACUGACCGACUGACCACCCAACCACGAAGGAGGCACAGUUUCUACUGUUGCUAUUGUUAUUAUUAAAUAGAGAUUAUCAUAACUAUCUUAUUUUGUAAUGACUUUAAAAAAAGAGAAAUCAAAAGGCAGUUGUAGAACUUGUGGCUAAACUUGAGUGCUUGUAGUCGUGUUGUCCUCCUGAAGGUCCGUCCCUCAUCUCUGUCUCUCCUCUUGUGGUUCCUCCUCUUUUCUUUUUGUACGGUCUGAGGGGGGGGAGGUCCCGCCCACCGCCUCCCCCUCCUCGUCACGUGGAAUCUGUCAUGUUGCUGCUCUCCCUCAACUCCUUUACUUUUUUCUGUUUUAAAUAAUUUGUCAUUAAAUAAAUCUAUCUUUUUCAUA